AUGGACGACGAAGAGAACCAAGCUCCACAGCUGGAGAACCAGGCUCCACAGCCGGAGAACCAGGCUCAUCCACGGCGAGAGAAUCCGUCGAGACUCAUCCUUCAGAGGUUUACGUACUGCAUGAGAGCUAUACAGGGAGCACUUCUAGUUGCAUCUGUUUUUCAGAUUCUUAUUGCAGUGUUCCUUAUGCCGACUUUUGGGAGACUUCUGAGCCCUCUCACCACUAUACCUCUAGUGACCCUAGUUGGACUUGGCAUGUUUGUUUAUGGGUUCCCUCAGCUGGGCACGUGUGCUGUAGUCGGAGUGCCAACAUUGUUGGUGCUGUUUUUCAUAUCACAGUGUCUCCCGCACAUUGUCUCGAUAUCUAGAGAGGAACCGUUUAACAGAUUUAGGUUUCUUCGAUACUGGAGGUUGAACCCAAAUCAAAUUCAGCGAUAUGCACUGCUGUUUUUAGUACCCUUUGCAUGGCCAUUUGCAGCAGUUUUGUCUGUUGCAUAUGGUCAUACUCAUAGCAUUUGCCGGGUUCAUCUGUCUGGACUUUUCAGCGGUGCUCAUGGGCUAUGGAUUCCAAAUCCAUUUCAAUGGGGUUCUCCCACUCUUGAUGUUGGAGAUGCAGUUGCAAUGAUGAUGGCUGUUUUUGUUGCCACAUUUGAGUCUACAGGGACUUUUCUUAUGGCCUCGAGGUACGGGUUGGCCACCCCUCCCCCACCUUUCGUUCUUAGACGAGGAGCUAUAUGCCAGGGAAUAGGCACGUUACUGGGUGGAGUUUUUGGAGUAGGGACUGGCUCUACAGCACUAGUUGAAAAUGCGGGGCUAUUAGGAUUGACUCGGUACGGAAGCAGGCGAGCCGUACAAAUUGCAGCUGCCAUUAUGAUUUUAUUCUCUAUAUUAGGAAAAUUUGCAGCAUUUCUUGCUUCCUUAUCAUUGCCACUUGUAGGAGCAGUGUAUUGUCUGCUAUACUCCUACGUGGUUUCUGGUGGUAUGAGCUUCAUCCAAUUUUGCAACCCAAAUAGCAUUAGAGUUCACUUCAUAGUAGGCUCUUCACUGUUUUUAGGCAUUGCUGUGCCAUCGUACUGGCAUGAGUCUCUCCUGCCUUCUGGAGUAGGAUCCUCAUGGUGGAGCUGCACUAUACAGGUAUUUUGCUCAUCUUCAGCAUUAGGUGCAGCAGCUGCUAUCGCCAUGGAUUACAUCGUGACUCUGGGAGACCAGGCAUUGCGUGUAGAUAGUGGAAGAGAUUGGUGGGCGCCUCUGAGGAACAACGCAGAUAGUGAUACGGCUUCGUUCUAUGCCUUCCCUAAAAAGGUGGUGAAUUUACUACCGUCCUUAAAAUUGGAGGGUGAAUGA